AUAAAUAAAUAAAAGCAAAAGAGAGAGAGAGAGAGAGGAAGAAAAAAAGUAAAAAAGAGGGGGCUCAUUUUCUCUCUCACCACGUCUUUCUCCCUCGCUCUCCAUUUCUCUCUCAUCUCUGAUCAGAGCUGGAACUGGACUGUUCUCGUGUGGUUUGAUGUGCUGUUUUCAACUCCUCUCUUCAGUUCUUAGGUCUUGAUUUCUGGGUUUUUGCCCACUUUUUCACUAAUUUUGAGUUCAACCCACAUUUUGUUGUAGGAGGUUUGGAGAUUCCAAUGACAAAUAUAUCCAAGGGAAACACCGCAUUGAGGGUGUUUCCUGGAUCAGAAGAUUGUUUUGAUGCUUCACUUUUUUCGAGCUCACUGCCUGUUCUCUCCCAUGAGAAGUUGAACAUGAGUGAGGUGGAUCAUGAUCUGAAAUCUAUUGAUGACACACCAGUCAGCUUGAAGAAGAUCCAUCCAGCAGUAGAGAGUGAUGAAUUGCUUGAAGAAAUUAUUCGUAAUACGAUCAAAUAUUUGCUUCCUGAUGACGAGGAUGAACUUUUAUCAGGCGUAAUGGAUGGCUAUGACCUGGGUGGACUUCCUAACCGCACUGAUGACUUGGAAGAUUAUGAUCUUUUCGGCAGUGGAGGAGGGUUGGAACUAGAAUCGGAUCCUCAGGAAAGCCUAACUAUUGGUAUAUCAAGGCUAAGUGUCUCUGAUAUUGUUGGAGCGCCUCAUAAUGGGCUUCCCAAUGGAGGUGGGGCUAUCAGUGGAGAGCAUCCUCUGGGGGAACAUCCCUCCAGAACAUUAUUUGUUCGUAAUAUCAACAGUAAUGUCGAGGAUUCAGAAUUGAGAAAUGUCUUCGAGCAAUAUGGUGAUAUCAGAACUAUGUACACUGCUUGUAAGCAUAGAGGCUUUGUGAUGAUAUCCUACUAUGAUAUUCGUGCUGCUCGAACAGCAAUGCGGGCGUUACAGAAUAAGCCUCUGCGGAGAAGAAAACUCGACAUUCAUUUCUCGAUUCCAAAGGAUAACCCUUCAGAGAAAGAUAUUAACCAAGGAACCCUAGUAGUUUUUAAUUUGGAUCCAUCAGUUUCAAAUGACGACCUCCAUCAAAUCUUUGGGUCUUUUGGCGAGAUCAAGGAGAUCAGGGAAACACCGCACAAGAGGCACCACAAGUUCAUCGAGUACUAUGAUGUUAGGGCUGCCGAAGCUGCUCUUAGAUCCUUAAAUAAGAGUGACAUAGCUGGGAAGCGGAUAAAGCUUGAACCUAGCCGCCCUGGGGGUUCACGUCGAAACUUUCUGGUACAAGUAAACCAUGAUCUUGAACAAGAAGAAUCUCGAAGUUUACCUCACCAAUUGAGUUCUUCAAUUGGUAAUUCUCCAACUGGUAACUGGCAACUGUUUGGCAGCCCUGUAGAUCAUUCUCCCAUUCAGAGCCUCGGCAAUUCCAAUAGUUUUCAAUCUGUCAAUCCUGCACCUGGCAAUAAUUUAGCUGGUUUAGCGUCGAUUUUGUCUCCUCAAGCAUUGAACACUGUGAAGGUUGCACCGAUUGGUAAGUUUGAAGGAAGUGCUGGACAAGCAGAACAGCUAAUGACUAUUGGAAAUUCGAAGCACGGUGCUUCCAUCCCGCAACCUCAUUCUUUUCCAGAGCCAAAACCGAGCUGGUAUUCUGGGCCAAUGUCUUCGUACGGUGCUUCUAGUUCAAAUGGUUCGGGUAUUGAAACACUAUCUGGAACGCAAUUUCUUUGGGGAAGUCCAAAGGUGUAUCCCGAACAAAGUAACUCUUCUCCCUGGCAUCCACAAACCAAGGGGCAUCCUUUGACAUCCAAUGUACAGAGCCGUGGGUUUCCAUUCUCCAAUCAACAUGGAUCUUUUGUCAAUUCAUCCCAACACCGCCAUGACGGUCAUUACGUGGGUUCUGCUCCAUCCGGUCUUCCUUUCGAGAGGCGCAUGGGUUUCUUCCCAGAGUCACCAGAAGCCUCAUACUUGAGCCCCGGUUAUAAAGGCAUGGGGGGCACAGGACCUCGUGAGAGAAGUUAUAUGAAUAACAUGGGUGGUGCUAAUGGUGCUUUGAGUUCCAAUCUUCCCAUUUCAGGAAAUAUGACAGAUAAUAAUGGCUCUCCUGGAUUUGGCAUGUUGCCUUCUCAAAGGUCGAGUCCCGCAUUCAUGGGUAGUGGUAUCUUCCCGGGACCUGCUGCUAUGGCAUUUGAAGGUCUGACUGAACGUGGGCGUGUCAAGCGUGUUGACGUUAACGGGAACCAGAAUGAUAACAAAAGGUUUCAGCUUGACUUGGACAAGAUUAGAAGUGGUGACGAUACUCGGACAACUUUAAUGAUCAAAAACAUUCCGAACAAGUACACCUCCAAGAUGCUGUUAGCCACUAUUGAUGAACAUCAUAGAGGCAACUACGACUUUCUGUAUUUGCCCAUUGAUUUUAAGAAUAAAUGCAACGUGGGCUAUGCAUUCAUUAACAUGUUGUCUCCGUCGCUCAUCAUACCAUUUUAUGAGGCAUUUAAUGGGAAAAAAUGGGAGAAGUUCAAUAGUGAGAAAGUGGCUUCUUUGGCAUAUGCUCGAAUCCAGGGGAAGGGAGCCCUUGUUGCCCACUUUCAGAACUCGAGCUUGAUGAACGAAGAUAAGCGCUGUAGGCCGAUUGUAUUCCAUUCCGAAAGUUCAGAAUCCGGUGCCCAGAUUGUCCAGGAACAUCUUUCUUCCAGUAUGAAUAUUAAAGCCCGUCGAUCAAUUGUGCCAGGGUUAUCGCAGUCUUCAAGUAGCCUGACAGAGGGAUCGAUUGAAAAAGGGGAGGAGCUAAUAGUAGCCUGAAAGCAUUUUGUUCUCAGUCCAAGCAAGCAGGCAGCUGCUGUCGGUUUUUUUUUUUUUUUUUUUUUUUUUGUAUUAUAGUAAUGGCGGGUGGAUAGAAGGCUUCCCGAGGGCGAGGGAAAGAGGAGUCGGAUGUGGCAUCCUUUGGUUCCUGCAAACAGGUGAAGAAGUUUGGCGUUUACUUUUUCUCGUGAUACAUUUUAGAGAAAUUUUUGCGAGCUGAGAUUAGUCAAUUCAAAUCAAUCUCCGCUGUGCUGGUUAGGUGAAGGUGAAGGUGAAGGUGAAGGGUAUAGUUUUUCGAAAUUUUUGUUGUCUGGAUGGAGAAUGGCUCCUUCAGAAUUUGAUUGCAGGAGAACAUACCUCCUCUCUUCUGUAAACUUGAUUCAAUGUUCAGUAUUCUAAACCUUGGAUGUUAUUUUUAUUUUGGGACAAAUGCCUUUUGUUAAGAGUCAGUCUUAUCAGCUUUUUGGUUUUUAAGUAAAAGUGGCUUUUUUUGGA